AUGAGUAUUAUUGUUAACAAUAAUAAUCAAACUUCGGACGAUGCUGUAGGCACCAUUGACCAUUCUCUUAAUUUGUCAUCACCUACAACGUCAAUCAUGAACGAAGAAGCUUCGAACAAAACAACUACCAUCACAACACAAUGCAUUGAUAUACACCUCCAUGGUGAAGAUCAUUCUUUGCAAUUCAUUCAUUCAUCCGAGCAAAAUGUUGUGUAUAAUAAUAAUAAUCAUAUUAUUCAUAAUAAUAAUCCUCUCGCUCCAACAUCAAGCACAGAAUUUGAUAUGACUACCAAUAAUAAUAAUAAUAAUCCUAUCAAUAAUUUUGAUAAUAACUCCACGUCUCAUCCUGGCAUUGAAUUAGACAAUAAUGACAACGAUGAUCGUUAUUCUCCUCUCCAACAACAAUACACCACUCAAACAAACAAAAGUCCAUCCACAAAAACAACUCCUCUUCCAACAUUGAAACUCAUUGUGAUUUUCAUUAUUUUCAUAUGUGAUGUUUUUGCCUUUUCCACGGUCGUCAGUUAUGUUCCUUUCAUGGUGCAAGAUUUUGGUAUUACCGAGAACAAGACUGAAUACGGUUACUAUGCUGGAUUGAUUGCUUCAAGUUAUUCGGCUGCUUCUCUUCUUUCAAGUAUUGCCCUCGGUUGGUUAUCCGAUCGUGUGUUGGGCAGAAGGAAGGUGAUAUUGAUGGGAACGUUAUGUUCAUGUAUUACGAGUUUGUUAUUCGGUUUGAGCAUCAACUUCCCGAUGGCCAUCACAGUUCGGAUUGUCUUUGGACUGGUGAAUGGUAAUAUUGGAACCAUCAAAACAUAUCUUGGAGAGAUUACUGAUAAAACCAAUCAAGCAAGAGCCUUCUCGUUCGUUGGUAUUUCAUUUGCCAUCGGAUCAAUACUGGGUCCAUUGAUUGGUUUAUUGGCACGACCCAACAUUCAAUAUCCUAACAUGAUGAGCAUGACUCCACAAUUCGUUCAGAAUUUUCUCAACCUUUUCCCUUACUUUUUACCGAAUUUGUUUGUUGCCACUUGCUCAUUCAUUGGUUUUUUAAUUGCUUACUUUAAAUUGGAGGAGACUAAUCCAAGAUUUACUUGCAAGGACCAACAUUUAAAGAGUCAAUCGACCAUAACAGCACGAUCUGAGGAUCAGGGAGUCAAUCACACCAGUAACAGUGAGGAGAGGGCAAACCACCGAGCAGAUGUACACAAUGCCUCCCCCAAGAGUCCUUCUCCGAGCGAAACAAGCCCAACCACCACUUCUUCCACUGCCACUUCAUCUACUCUGUCGGAUCUAAUAUUUGAUGAAAAGUACAGACACGACCCUAACCAUAGGUCUCGUCACGAGUUGGAAACGAUCCAAUUAGAUGCUCGCCAAGUCAUGUCCCAUGAACAUCCCACAACGACGUGCUCUCCUCGAACAUGUAGCACCACCACACUUUCCAUUAAUACUCAAACCACCUCCAAGAAACAUCAACAUUUGCAUCAUGCAUCCCAUCCUUCACUUUCCCUUAAGCUCAGAAUUAGAAAAUUAUUCAAGAGUGAAAUAUUUCAGACCUAUUUACCAUUAUUCACUUCUGCUUUGAAUCUCAUGAUUGGAUUCGCCUCUUCAGCGUUUGAUGAGGUGAGUCCACUCUUUUCAUUACUACCUCCAGAAAAUGGAGGUCUUGGAUGGACCAAUUUUGAAAUUGGAAUUCAAGGAGCUGUGAAUGGAGUCGGUAUUUUGGUAGGCCAACUCUUUAUCACUCCAAUCAUUGCCAAAAAGCUGGGCAGUGUUUGGUGUUUUCGAUUAGGAAAUAUGCUCAUCCUGCCUACAGUCAUUCUCUUUCCAGAACUCUCCUGGAUUUCGAAAUGGAAAUCUCAACAUACAACUGCCAUUUCUCCUGACAUUCUCAUGUGGACCUUUUCUAUUGUGAUCACACUAUUGAGAACCUUCUCUCUGAAUCUCAUCUUCACCUCCUUAUUGAUUUUGAUUAAUAAUUCCGUUCAUACUUCUUCUCGUGGUUUACUCAAUGGAAUUGUACAGAGUUUUGUAGCAUUUGCUCGAAUGAUGGGUCCCGUAGUGUCCUCGAGUGUAUUCGCCUUCACAGCAAGUCAUUCCUUCUUCUUUCCUUUCGAUUUUAGAUUUGUAUUUAUUCUCAUAACGUUGUGUCAUGUGGUCAUGAUUAUUGGCUCCAUGUUUUUAAAGAAGGAAUUGAAUGCACCUAAGGAAGAUGCCUAUCCAUUGGAGGAAGAAGAGGAAGCCGUUGUGAGUCACGAUCGUGAGAACCAUGAUGAUGAACAACAAGAAUUGAUUGCUUACAAGCAUGACCAUGGGGAGGAUCUUGAAUCAGGACAAGAGCUUACAGUCGUGUAUUAUGAAAAGAGAGUAGAACCAUUGAAGACCAUAGAAAUGUCUGCCAUUCUUGCUCAUUCUCCAACCAUCACUACCAUGGAUGAUGAAUGCUCUUCAAGCCAUGACGAUGAUUCAACCAAACUCAAGCCUUAA